UAACACCAAAAGAAGGUGCUCAAGUUGAAUUGAAUGCAGCUACUGGUGAAGCUAAAUUAUCAAUUCCGAAAGUUGAUUUACAACAACAUGCAGGAACAGUAACAUGUCGUCUUGAAAAUCCGCAUGGAACUCAAGAAGAAACAGCGCGACUUGAUAUUCUUGCUGCUCCACUUAUCACAACACAAUUACCAAAACAAGAAGAAACAGUUAGUGGCAAAGAUGUUACAUUACGAGUUGUUGUACGUGGUUCUCCACGACCAGAAGCACAAUGGUUUUUUAAUGAUACACCGAUAGCACCAGAAAAUGUUACGUUUGAUGAAGAAAAGAGUGAAUAUCAACUGUUAGUGAAACAACCAACUGUUACAACUAGUGAAGGAACAUAUCGAGUAAUAUUAAAGAAUAAUCUUGGAGAAACGGAAUCAACACCAUGUGUAUUGACUGUCUUGGAACAAGUAAAAUUAACGAAGGCAGCUCCAACAUCCGAUGUUGUGGAUUUGAAAGUUGGUGAACCAUUUGAGAUCUCGUUUGAUGUCGGUGGAAAGGAAGCGCCUAAAGUGCAGUUAUUGAAAGAUGGGAAAGAAGUGAAGUUCACAAGUGUUGAAGGUACACGACAUGUGUAUUCAGUUCCUGAAGUGAAACCGGAACAUCAAGGUGUAUACAAAUUGAUUGCGAAAAAUAAAACAUCGUCUGAAGAAUCUGCUGUGACAUUGAACGUGACAGGUACGUUUUUCAACGACACUGAACUGAAAAACUCUCCAAAACAUAAGGUUGAAGCAAAACAAAAUGUAUUUUCUCUAACUGUUAAUAAAUGUGAUCAUCCUGAUGUUGGUACAUAUCGUGUACUCAUCGACAAUGGAAUUGAUCAUACUGAACAAACUGCUAAACUUCACGUCGGAGGUAUAUAUGUUCUAUUCUCUAAUUUACAAUACUUUACCUUUCUUUUUCAGUGAAACCGAAAGUUGAAGCCGCAAAACCAGCAAAUGAUCAGGCAUGCAUCAU